AUGAGUGCUCAGAAGAAGAGGAACUUCCAAAUUGAGGCCUUUAAGCAUCGGGUCGUGGUUGAUCCCAAGUACGCAGAGAAGACCUGGAAGAUCCUUGAGCAUGCGAUUCACGAAAUUUACAAUCACAAUGCUAGCGGGCUUAGCUUCGAAGAGCUUUAUAGGAAUGCCUACAAUAUGGUGCUGCACAAAUUUGGAGAGAAACUCUACUCUGGUCUGGUGACAACCAUGACUUAUCAUCUAAAAGAAAUAUCUAAAUCAAUUGAAGCUGCUCAGGGAGAGUUGUUUUUGGAAGAGCUGAACAGGAAAUGGGCAGAUCAUAACAAGGCAUUGCAGAUGAUUCGAGACAUAUUGAUGUACAUGGACAGGACUUUUAUCCCAAGCACCCACAAAACCCCCGUUCAUGAGCUUGGGUUGAACCUGUGGAGGGAUGUGGUAAUUCACUCUAGCAAAACCCAGGCUAGGCUUUUGGAUACACUUCUUGAGCUUGUGCAUAGAGAAAGGAGUGGCGAAGUAAUUAACAGAGGCUUGAUGAGGAAUAUUAUAAAAAUGUUAAUGGAUUUGGGUUCUUCUGUUUACCAAGACGACUUUGAGAAGCAUUUUCUUGAGGUUUCAGCUGAUUUUUACCGUUGUGAGUCCCAAGAGUUCAUAGAGUCAUGUGACUGUGGGAACUAUUUAAAGAAGGCUGAGAGACGCUUAAUGGAAGAAAUGGAGAGAGUCUCCCAUUACUUGGAUGCUAGAAGUGAAGCUAAGAUAACAAAUGUGGUGGAAAAAGAGAUGAUCGAAAGUCACAUGAACAGACUAGUUCAUAUGGAGAGCUCAGGUUUAGUUAAUAUGCUUGUGGAUGACAAAUAUGAUGACUUGGGAAGAAUGUAUAGCUUGUUUCGCAGGGUGCAGAACGGACUUGUGAUAGUCAGAGAUGUCAUGACUGCUUACAUCCGGGAUACUGGCAAACAGCUAGUUACUGACCCAGAAAGAUUAAGGGAUCCUGUAGAUUUCGUGCAGCGUCUCCUGGAUUUGAAGGACAAAUAUGACAAAGUUAUCAAUUUGGCAUUUAACAAUGACAAGACAUUCCAGAAUGCUCUAAAUUCUUCUUUUGAAUACUUCAUUAAUUUGAAUGCCAGGUCCCCUGAAUUCAUUUCUCUGUUUGUGGAUGACAAACUUCGGAAAGGAUUAAGAGGGGUCAGUGAGGAGGAUGUAGAAGUUGUACUGGACAAGGUCAUGAUGCUUUUCCGUUACCUUCAAGAGAAAGAUGUGUUUGAAAAGUAUUACAAACAACACUUGGCAAAGAGGCUUCUUUCUGGGAAAACUGUUUCUGAUGAUGCAGAAAGAAGUCUUAUUGUUAAGCUCAAAACAGAGUGUGGAUAUCAAUUCACUUCAAAAUUGGAGGGUAUGUUCACUGAUAUGAAGACCUCUCAGGAUACAAUGCAUGGAUUCUACUCAGCCGUUGGACAUCAGUUAGGUGAUAGCCCAACACUAGCUGUUCAGGUCCUCACAACAGGUUCCUGGCCUACUCAGCCAAGUGCCACAUGCAACCUUCCAGCAGAAAUUUUGUGGGUAUGUGAGAAGUUCAAGAGUUAUUAUCUCGGGACCCAUACUGGGCGGAGAUUGUCCUGGCAAACAAAUAUGGGUACAGCUGACUUGAAAACGACUUUUGGAAAGGGCCAGAAGCAUGAGCUGAAUGUUUCCACAUACCAGAUGUGCGUGCUGAUGCUAUUCAACAACACUGACCGGUUGACCUAUAAGGAAAUUGAGCAGGCUACGGAGAUUCCAGCCUCUGACUUGAAGAGGUGUCUGCAAUCUCUGGCCUGUGUUAAAGGGAAGAAUGUUCUUCGGAAGGAGCCAAUGAGCAAGGACAUAGCUGAGGACGAUGCCUUCUUCUUUAAUGACAAGUUCACAAGCAAGUUCUUCAAGGUAAAGAUAGGUACUGUGGUUGCGCAAAGGGAGUCUGAACCAGAAAAUCAAGAAACCAGGCAGAGAGUAGAGGAAGACAGGAAGCCCCAGAUUGAGGCAGCAAUUGUGAGGAUCAUGAAGUCAAGGCGGGUACUGGAUCACAAUAAUAUCGUUGCUGAGGUCACGAAACAGCUGCAGGCGCGAUUCUUGCCCAACCCUGUUGUAAUAAAGAAACGAAUCGAGUCCCUCAUUGAGCGGGAGUUUUUGGAGAGGGAUAAAACAGAUAGAAAAUUGUACAGGUACCUUGCUUGA